AUGAGUACAACAUUUAUAACAAAGAAUAAGAAAAUCAUAGAGAAAAUAGAACCAUUUCUUGCCACUGAUGAAGAGAUAUUGAUUUGCGAGGAAGUAACUAAACAUCACGCGCAUGGAGGAAAAGAUUCGAGAAUUCUCUUACUAACAAACCUUAAUUUUUCACUUGUAAGGAUAAAAGCAUUUGGCAAUCCUAUAAGGAGUCAUGAUUGCUCAUUGCUUACAUUGAAAAAGAUCAAAUAUCAAAAUCCAGACCAAUUUUCUUUAAAUUUCGGCAACGAAUUAGCAUUUUCAUCUCACGAUGCUCUUCAGAUAUGUGAAACAAUACUUUAUCACUAUGCAGUUUUAUAUUAUGCCAAUCCUGCACCAAUAGAAAUUGAAUCUCAUCCUAGCACAGCAUUGCAGCUUCCAAAACUCACAACACGCCCGCACGGCUUGUGCAUGAUCAGACUUCGUUCUUUCGCAACCAAAUACAAAUUCAAACUUAAUUCAACAUUAGAAAGGUUUUUCAAAGAAUACGACGCUAGAUUAUUGCCGCAGAUGAAACUUACUUCUCAGCAUAUUCCAGACAACAAUCUGGCAACAGCGCAAAUCAUUGCUAUGGAGCCAAACGUAAAUAACAUUGCAUUUGAUAAUUUCUAUCCAAAAUCAAUCGACACAUUUACUAAAAGGAUCAUAGAAAGCAUGAAGAACCUUGUUUCCAUCACAUUCUCUAACUAUACCGAGUCUUUUACCACAAUUGAUACAAAAAUCACUACAGCUGAAGGAUCCAAGCUUGCUGAGCUCUGUAUACAGAACUGCAGCUAUGGAUUCUCUUCCUCACUCAUUACAGCCCUUUCUAAGUACUCCGGACGUAUUCAAUCCGUGAAAUUUGAAAGAUGCAAAUUUGAGAAGGACCAUGUUCGUUCUUUGUUCUCUUCUCUCCAUAAGUAUCCGUCAUUCAUGAAAAUCAAGUACUUUGCCCUCAACGAUGGCACUGUAGACCACAUUGAUUUGAAUGAUUUCCACAGCUUGUUCAGCAGGCUUAGAUACUUAAAGUACCUCAUUAUCAAUAAGAGCAACAUCGAUAUAUCCCAGAUUCUUGUCCAUAUUUUCAAACACGCCUCAAUUCUUGAAAAUAUCUGUAUCCAAAACUGCAGAUUCUUGGAACCGUUGGAUGAAUCUGUUCCUGUGCCUCCAUGUAUACAAAUGAUCGAUAUCGGAGAGAACCAAAUCUCUCCGGAAGGAAUUGGAUCAUUAUUUAGAGUUUUGUUCACAAAUCCGAGAAGAAACACCGUAACAAUUUACGCCAGUAAGAUUGCAAGUACAAGCAACAUGUCAGAACUUAUUGAUGCAAUGUGUAUCAAAAAUGCUUUGCCAAUUCUGGCCGAAUUCAGGUUUAACAGAAACGAAAUCACUCCAAAUAGUCUUAAAAAAUUAUUGGACUUCUUGAGAACCCAAAGUACCCUUAAAUAUUUGGCAUUAACAAAUUCUAUCACGGAUGACAUCGAAGAAUGCUUCGAACACCUCUCAAAGUUCGUCAAUGAUGGUCAUGUGAUAGGUAUUGAGAUGCUUUCUACACCUCCGAACACGGAAUACAGUGCAGAACUGAUUAAAUUCCUUAAAUCAAUUGUUGGUGCAAAGAAUUUGCAGAUUUUGGCAGUUGAUAGGAGUUCUAUUGGAUCAGAAGGUCUUGCAGUCCUUAAAGAACUCAUCCAAGCCAAUGAAACAUUUUAUUCGAUAUCUUGUGAUGGAAUUGGAGCUUCUUCCCUUCAAGAUCUGACUGAUUUCUAUCAGUUCGUUGCGGAUUGCAGCCAUUUAACGAACGUAUUGAUUCCGAAAAUCGAUUUCCAACAAUUCGAACAAAAUCCUCUUCAAUUGAUCCCAGGAUUGCGAUUUAAGACACCUCCGAUGUCCGCACAGAUGAGAUUGAAGCUCUACCAGAAGAUUUCGACAAGAUUAUUAAACCAAGAUGGACCAAGACCAUUAAUAGAGGUUCUUCAAGAUAGUGGAGUGAACAGCCGUUCUCAGUUGACUAAUCCUCUUGAAGAGAUGAUGCUCUAUAUCCAUAAAAUGAUGGUUGUAAACGGUCAUAAGAUUCCAAACUUCGGAGAAAAGAAUGCUUUCGAUUUAGACACCAACAACGCAUUGGUUACAAGGGCUGGAUUGUUAACAACGUCGUCAGUCACGACAACAGCAACAAAACAAAAUUUUUCUGAUGAUGAAGUAGAAAAUCAGUCAGAAAGCGACGAAGAACUCGAAGAUGAGGAUAAGAAGAAUGACGACGACAAGAUACAAAUACCAAAUUCUGAAGAUUUGACAGAAUUAUUCCUUGAAAAUUUGCAAACUUCAUUAAUACCAUGUAUCUCCAACAGAUACAGGAACCAUCAGUCCAAACUCAAUGAUGACGUGAUGCUAGAUACCGUCAGAAACUUGGUUGUGCCGAAAUUGGAAACUGUUAACCCUUCAAGGUUGGCAACGGCUUCUCCAAGCAAAUUUGAGUUGUCAAAGAUCGGAGGACAGUAA